ACAGGAUUCUUUUCUGUUGGAGGGACGAAUAUAUUUCCGAGAAUACAUUGAGAUUUAGCACUUUCGUUUGUGGUAAUCAUAAUUUAGAGAAGCUAAGUUGUCAUAAAACAGCAAAUAUCACAGAUUUUGGAAUAUUCAAUGAUGCUCUUCAAUAUAGAAUUGUGGAAAUGAAGCCAUUUCUGAAGAAAUAUUUGUUCUGUUUACGAUGGGGUCUGCAAGUUCUCAGUUGUUUCGGUCAAAAUCUCCAACCAAGUACCCUUCCCCUGGAAAAUAUAUAUGUGAUUUCUGUAAUCAUCUAUUCCACCCUGCUGUUUGUGUUUUUAAUUGGAAAUAUGCAGACUUAUCUGCAAUCUGCAAGUGAAAGACCUGAGGAUAUCGUCAACAACAUGAAGAUGGAAGAACGCUUAAAAAAGUUGAAGAAAGUAGAAGAGUUGGGAAAAUGGGAAGAUGCGAAGUUGGAGAGCUUGUGUACUCGUAUGAAGCCAGCUUUCUAUGGUGACCGAACUCUUGUCAUCCGGGAGGGGGAACCCAUCAGUGAAAUUCUCUUUGUGCUGCGAGGAAAGCUAUGGACAUACACCUCCUCCAGGGCCGACAUUGGUGAUAACAAUGGCGAAAAUGUUCGUUUGAGGGAAGGCGCUAUCAUUGGCAAAGAACUUGUCAGCUGGAUUCAAGCUCAACCAAACUCAUCCAUCCUCCCAAUCUCAACCAGAACCAUUCGAACGCUGAGGCAUGUGGAAUCCAUCGCCAUUACAGCCUAUGACUUGAAAGACGUGUCCAUUAAUAAGCCAAAACCACCAGAAAUAAGGCCCAGAUCACUCCUCAAGAAGUGCAAUUUAACCGGGUUUUUCCGUUCACGAAACAGGGAAAAUCUUUGAAUGCUUACAGCUAUGGAGUCGGAAGCCGUCAUCGCUUGGAUUCAACAUUGCCGGGGCAUAUUUUGAUUUAAAAUGUUUUUUUACUUUUAUUUUUUUGGAAUAAUUAUGGCUUUCGCUGAUA